GCGACGUGUAAGAGCGUGAGCGGGCGCAUUAAUAUGUAAAUUAGCCAAAUGUGAAGCGGUCACAGCAUCCUCCCAGACUCCUGAGUCACUGUGUCGGACCGGCGGUCUCCUGUUGGAGGGUUUAACGUCUUUCUGCGCCCCGUCACAUCCCUGUGCUGGAAAAUACUCGAUGACCCAGGUGGCUCCAGGCAGUGCUGGCAUGACAGCGCUGGUCCCUCCUCCUGUGCCCACGCUGCUCGCCAACAGGCACUCGUCUCCUUCUCGAUCACCAUCCAAUCACAGGAGCCCUCCAGGCUCCCAGCUGCAUUUGGCAAAAGAGCGACAGAACGACGGAGAGAAGAGUCGAGAGCUGUCGGAGGUGCUGCGGGAUAAAGAGCGCCGUGUCCAGCAGCAGCUGGAGCGCUGCGCCGAGGAGCGAGGGAGGAAGAUGGAGGUGCAGAAGAGGAAGGAGCAGCAGCGCAAGGCGGCGGCCGAGGAGAAGAGACGUCAGCAGCAAGAGGUGGAAAAGGAGAGGCUGGAGGCCCUGGUACGCCGGAGAGCCGGGGGCUCUGAUAGACGAGGAGGAGGAGGAGGAGGAGAGGCCCGGGAGCACCUGGAUAACAGGCCUAAACGGUGGACAUGGGGAGGACCGCCUGAUGGAGUGGAGGGUAACCCUAAGACCCCGCCCUGCCAUGCCAUUGGCUCCGCUCAGCCCAAUGAGCUUCCUGCUGCUUCCAGUGCCAGCCAAUCCCGUAACGCGGUUGACUUCCUGUCUCCCCCUGCGACUGAUCAGCCUAUCAGCAAACAGCUUUCCAGCUCUUCAGCUGCCCUCCACUCACCAGAGAGAGCCACACCCAACAACCACAAACCGUCCAGGAGCUCCUCCAACCGCAGGAGCAUCGCCGGGUUCCCCGAAGAGACGUCCAGAGCCAAAACACCCACGGGGGAGUCAGCAAACACGCCAGCCCGCAGUUCCUCCUUCAGGGCCAACAGCAAGGGCCCCGCCACACCGAAACGGGUGAGGUCCAACAGGAGUCGCGCCCAGUCUCCCUGCUCCCCUGGUCAGUACCCGCCCUCCCCUCUCCGGCAGAGAGCCACCACUCCUGGUACAGACGAGGUCAAAGGUCACAGCACCCUGGAGAGGAAAUCCACCAAAUCUGAGACGUCAGAGAAGAAGAUCCCCAAAUCCACCAGCAGAGAACUCAAUGCAGAGUCUCCAGGCACGCCCACAGGCAGGAGCGGAGGUGGGACCACAGACGCCGAGGAGGCGUCCCGCCUGCUGGCAGAGAGACGCCGUCUGGCCCGAAUCCAGAAGGAGCAGGAGGAGAGACAACGGCAGGAGGAGGAGAGGCUGAGGGCUGAGGAGGAGCAGAAGAGGCAGCAGGAGGCCAGAGAGCGGCAGGAGAGGGCGGCGCAGCAGGCCGAGGAGGAGAGGGCGAGGCGGGAGGAGGAGAGGAGGUGCCGGGAGGAGGAGGAGAGACGGCAGAAGGAGCAGAGAUGGAAGGACAUGCAGGAUCAGCUGGACAGAGAGAGGGAGGAAGCCUUCCUGCGAGCUCAGAGAGAGGCCGAGAGGAAGAGGCAGGAGAGAGAGCUGCUGCACAUCCAGGAGGAGCAGGAGAGGCAGCAGAGGAAGAAGAGAAUUGAGGAGAUUAUGAAGAGAACAAGAAAGAGUGAAGUGGAGCCUCCAUCUGCUGCUGCAGCAGCUGAGGUGCGAGCUGACGCUGCCGUCGCUGCGGAGGAGGACGCCCCCACUCCUGCUGAAGCCCCUAUCAUCUUGCUGGGACCUCUGGAGAAGAGCAGUGUGGAUGAGCUGUCAGAUGGAGUCCAGUCCAUGGAUGUCAGCUCUCCAUCUGUCUCCAUCAGUCCAGUGUCCAGGGAUGAGCAGGCGAGCGCUCACGAGUUCUCGCCGGUCACCGAGGGAACAGACGGCUGCCCGCUGGGGCACCUGAUGGACGACGACGCUCCGGGGCGGGGGCAGCGGCAGGCUGCAGAGGUGCAGCCUUACCCCAAAAUGCAGGCCGGAAGCGGGGUCGGAGACCUCAACAAGAACCUGCUGAUUCAAGCGUACAGCGCCACCUCUGAGUCGUCCCAGCUCAUCCACAGUGUCGGGCCGAGCAAGCUGGACAUCCAGUAGCCCAGGACCUUUCUCAGGAGGCCGGCAGCAAAAACCAGGAGCCAGGAGAAACAGGCCAACAGUCAUCUUCUCCACAGAGAACGACUGCUGACCACCUGAUUUUUCAUCUGUAUUAC